AUGUCUACCUUUCCUGACUAUGUCGCGGCAGUACUCCCGCCUGUCCACCUCCUGGCCUACUCCACACUACUCGGAACCGAGCUAUACCAGACUUUCGUAAUGACAAAAGUCUCCUACCAAGCCCUUCCGAGAUCGGCGUUCACGACUUUGCAGAAGCGCGUCUUCCCCAUAUAUUUCCAAAGCCAGUCAAUCCUUUUGCUCAUCGUCGCUGCAACAUGUCCGCCUCAAGGGGCGCUUUCAUUGCUUGCAGAGAAGAGUGAUUGGAUCGCUUUCGCCAUUGCUGGUGUCACUGCUGGACUCAACCUGGUGAAAUUUGGCCCGAGAACAAAGGACUUGAUGAUAGAGAGGGUUCAUCAGGCAACUCGUGAUGGCAAAGCACAGCUCAAUGGUACCACGAGCGAUGAGAUGAAGGUUCUAAAUCGGAAGUUCUCUAGGGCUCAUGCGAUGAGCAUUCAUUUGAACCUCAUGACGAUUGGUGCAACGCUUUGGUACGGUUGGCGGUUGGCAUCAAAGCUACAGUUCUAG